AUGCUUUUUCCGUUGAUCGCCGAGACAGCUACGCAGCAGGUACUACAGUAAUCGCCCUACAGUAAUCCAUGCGGAAAAUGUUUUCAGUUAACCGACACAAUCAAUAUCCAGUCAACUCUCGAAGACGGAAUUGAAGUGCUCAACGAGUGGAUCGAUAAAAAUUGGGUACGCAAAUUUGUUUUCGAAAAAUGGUUUCCCCAACUGUUUCAGGUUGAUCUAAUCACCACAACGACUCGGAAACCGACGACGAACACAAAAUUGACGACGACUUCGGGCGUUUAUUACGGACGUCUUGCCGAAAAAGAAUACGCCCGCAACUUGAGCACAACUUACUUGGAGCAAAGGGAAAUGAUAAAGUUGUACGUUCGAUAUCUGUUCAGGACCACUCAGAUUUUGGGAUAUUUCAAUGAGGAGCAAGCCACCGAGGUAGCCGCUUUUUCUGGGAAUUUUUAAAGAAUUUUUUGCAGAUGCGCACAAUGUUCUGGUCGGCGGACAAACUCUGCGACAACUAUUUCAGUUGUUGCGAAGGCGAUUUCUUCACGGAAAUGGGAAAAAAGUUCAAGAAUGUGCAUCGAAAUGUGUCGAGCGAUGUGCGAGUUUUGGCGAAUGUGGUGCAUCAAUUUGCGGGAAUCGGCGACAAAUUGGAUUGGAGAUUUGUGAAAUAUUGA